AUGCCUCCAAGGAAGAAAACCAAGAGCAAUACCAUGGCCUCCCGAGAUGGACCCGACCGUGGUGAUUCCGAAUCAAGGCAAAAUGCCUCAUCUAGAGGACAAGAACAUGCAAGUGAGGGAGCUUUCACCCUUACUGAUCCAAUCACAGCUAUGCAGGUUAUGGGGGAAACCCAGAGGGAGAUAACAGACACUGUCAAAGAAUUAAAAAAUGUUGCCUCCAAGCCAAGCGAAGAUGACAGACAUCCGCAAGAAGAAUCUGCCGCUGCUGGAAAGGGGUCUGAACAAAAGGGACCGUCUUUUGUCACCUAG